AACGACGUCACUUCCUCUUCCGCGGAUAUGGCGGCGUUCAGGAAAAAGCGUGGAGCUCCUGUGGAACACGGGAAAAAGUCUGCAAAGAAAAGAAAAAUAUCCAACGUUAAACCUGGAAAGCAGGAAGAGGUUUUGAAUGAGAACCCGGAAAAUGAGUACAGCAUCCCGGCGCCUCUUUCUUUGGGCAAAUGGAAGAACAAAGAAAGAGUACUUAUAUUUUCCUCAAGAGGUAUUAACUUUAGAACUCGUCACAUGAUGCAGGACCUUCGGACAUUGAUGCCUCACAGCAAAGCAGAUUCCAAAAUGGAUCGUAAGGAUCAACUAUUCGUCGUUAAUGAGGUGUGUGAAAUUAAAAACUGUAAUAAGUGCAUAUUUUUUGAAGCAAAAAAGAAGCAAGAUUUGUAUAUGUGGAUAUCCAAUGUUCCUCAUGGCCCUUCAGCUAAGUUUCUAGUGCAAAAUGUUCACACUCUGGCUGAAUUGAAAAUGACUGGCAACUGUCUGAGAGGAUCACGUCCAGUUCUCUCCUUUGAUCCAAAAUUCGAUAGUGAACCACACUAUGCUGUGCUUAAAGAAUUAUUCAUUCAGAUAUUUGCAACACCGCAGUAUCAUCCAAAAAGCCAGCCUUUUGUUGAUCACAUUUUAACAUUCACGAUUGCAGACAACAGAAUUUGGUUCAGAAAUUACCAGAUAAUUGAAGAAGAUUCAUCUCUUGUAGAGAUAGGACCACGUUUUGUUUUGAACCUUAUUAAGAUUUUUAGUGGGAGCUUUAGAGGAUCAACAUUAUAUGAAAAUUUUCACUACAUGUCUCCAAAUUUGCAUCGUCGAAAUUUACGACUAGCUGUUGCUGCAAGACUGAAAGAAAAACAGCUGGUUAAGGAUGUGCAAAAGCAUAAAAAAGAAGAAGUGAAAAUGUUGGUCCCAGAUGACCCAACUCAUGAUGUCUUUCAGACACCAAAAGAAAAGAAGCCUGCUGCUGUUCCCCAUCAACAUCCAGAGCAGAAACCAAAGAAAAUGAAAAAUAAAAAAGAGUUCAAGCGUCAAAGACUACUUAAAAGGAAAAACAAGUGAGACAUUGCUGUACUGAUAGUUUCAGUGCAUUCUGUACAUCGAACACUUUUAAUUUGUUAUACAGUCUUUGCCAUUGGGGGUGAAAAAAGUGAAUGAAGUGGUUUAUUUGAAAAGAAAAAAAAAGUUGAACCAGUGUCUUAUAGAUGAAAAGUUGGAUGUGUGGUUAUUUUAGAAGUAUAUAAAUGUGAACAUCUGUUUUAACUGUGCUGCUUUAUGGUUGAAAACUACAGGUUCUACUUAAAGAGCAAACUGCAGCAUCUUGUAAAAAUGUAAAUGCCUGGUGAAAGUUGUCAAAAGGCAGAUCAUUAAACUUUAGAGGUUACUGUUUGCCUUGUUGCAGAUUAGUUUACAUCUAAAAACAUUUGCUUAUUUUGAAUCCAGAGCUAAAAAUGUAUGUUGUCCAUUCCUUGUUUAGUACUGAUCCCGUUUCUUGAGCAAUACUGGUUGCAGGUUUUGUGUGCACCUCUUUUCAUGAUGUAUUUUAUGACAUACCCAGUGGUAUAUAAUUAUAGGAAUGAUCCUUGAAUUGUUAGGCAAAA